AUGGAAGUGCACAGCCUCCACAAAACCAUCCACUCCAGCCGCCUCGGAGAGGACAAGCAGCAGAUGCUCAACUUGAACAGACGUCUGGAAACCUAUCUGAACCGGCUCAAACUCUUGGAGGAUGAAAAUGCACUGCUCACAAAGGAGAUCCAAGUUCUGCGACAAAAUGAUCAUGGAGCCUGGACCCACAGGAAGGGACUGGAGGAAGAGCUCCAGCAUGUCCGACAGGAAGUGGACACAGUGUGGAAGGACAGGGUCUAUAUGGAGUUGGAGGUGGGCAGGCUCAAAGACGUCCUCCAAGCUCUGGAUCUCCAAAUCCAGAAGGAGGCUCAGGCAAAGAUGAAGGCCAAAACCCAGGUGGAGCAAAGAAGGAAGGAGCUGGAGGAGGAGCAGAGAGCCCAGAUGUGGUUCGGGCAGAAGGUCCAUCAACUGGAACAGGAGAUGAAGUUCCUCAUCCAAACCCAUCAGGAGGAUGUAGCCCACUUCAAAGCUGUUCUGGUCCAGUCCAGAGCCACACUGACCCCCAGACCUGCUCAAAGGGCUCAUCAAAUACCAAACCUUCUCCUGCUGGAGCAGGAAUACUCCCAGAGCACCACCAGGGCACAGCAGGAGGCUGUGGAGGCCUACCAGGGCCAGCUGGUCCACAUGGAGGAGUCACUGAACCAGGCCAGGAACCGCUUAAUCCAAGUGGGACAAGAGAAGAAAAAGAGUCAGAUGAAGCUCCAAACCCUGGAGAAAGAAGUGGCCUCUGCCCAGGACAUGAGGACACACCUGCAGAAGAACGUCGAGGGGCUGAGACGCCAACACCAACGGGAGACGGAGCAGUUCCAGAAGCACUUGGAGGGUCUGGAGGAAGAGAAAGUAGAGCUGGAUCAGCUGAUCGAUGACAUCAUCCUGGAGAAAAGAGAGCUGGUGCAGAAGAAGACAACUAUGAGCCUGGAAGUACUGACCUACAGAGCUUUACUGGACGGUGAAAACCUCAGAGGAGACGCCUCUUUGGCAAAACCACCAAGAAACAUUUACAUCAAAGAUGCAGUACUCAGUCCUCUGGUGCUUCAAAACAAUUACCGGACCCAGCAGUCAACUAGCCACGCCCCCUUCCCAUCUGUCCAUGGUAUAACAGGGAAGUCAAAACCAGUAGCAACAACAGCAACACCAACCUGGAGCCAAAACCCUAGAUCCCACAAUGAAGCCUUAGAGGUGUUCAGGAAGUCUGCAGAAAAACAUCUGGAUUGUGAACCAACCAAACCUAAACAGAUAGGACCGUGGGCAUCUACCGACACAAAAGGACUACAGGAUGGAGCCGCUGAAAACUUCAGACCUCAGGAAGUUCAUGACAAAGUCACUUCUGCUGAAGCUCUGUCUCCUCCCAAUGAACACAGUCUUGUUGAAGUAGUGACUCUGGAGAAAGAUGAUGCAGAAGAGUGGACUGAUGUUGGUGAAAGUCCUGAGGAAGACAAUGUUUUAAAGGGAAAUGUUAGAAAUCAAGUUGAGUCUGGUCAAAGCAGUGAGACCUUCUUGAAUGAUGAGGCCGUUCUUACACCAUAUAACAUCAGAAGAUCUGAAGAAUCAGCCACUUUCACUCAGGAAUCUGUGUCUUUUGAAACGCCGACAGAAAAAGCAGAAAUGGAGAGGACACAAGGGCCAGCUGAUGCAUGGGCAGAGAACCAACAUGUUAGACAUGAAAAGGCUGCGCAUGGACAAAAGGAAGUCGGCCAUUUUGGAACUGAAGCAGUAUUUGAACCAAACACGUGCAGGUCCAGUUGCCCAACUUCUGAAUGUGAGUCUGAAGAACAUGAGUUUAAUGGAGUGACAGACGGUAGCAGGGAUGGAAACGUUUCAUGUGAAGAAACAGCUGUGACAAGACAAGAAAGAAACUUUACUACAGUGGAACAAAAUGAGACAGAGUUGGAGGAUCGAUUAUACCCUGAUGGAGAAGAGCUGGAUUCCUGGGGCAGCGGUGGAGUGAAGACAGAUGAUAGUGUAGACCCAGAGGAGGAUGGACCAGCCUUCAGUGUAGACCAGGACAAAACCAGGACCUCCUCAGUGUUGGAGACGGAGGGAGAGGAUGGUGGACAUCAUGUGUUUUCAGAUGAAGAACACAUGCAGCAUUUUGACAAAAAUGAGGAUGAUGAUCAAGAAGAGUCUCAAAAUGUGUCGGUGUCGUGGAAGACGGAGCUGGAGAGUGACAACACCCUGGCCGACACCAGACCUCUGAUCAGAUACAAGAGCGAUGAGACUGAAGCCAACACUCAUGCACUGUACAUGGACGAAAGUGAGUCGAGUGACAACGAGCAAGAUGACCGCAAAGUUGGAGAGAUGGGCCCCGGAAUGUGGAGCGAAGACAAAACCAGCAGGAGAUUCGGAACUAUGGAAGAUCUGUGUGAAGAAGCUGAAGGGGAAGCACUGGAUGAGGACUAUGAUCUGGAAUACAUUCACUUUGAAGACAGGGAUGAAGGCUGUGGUGUGGACCUGAGGGAGAAUACGAGAAUGACGACGGAAAGGGAAAAUACUGAAGGAGGGAUGAGGACGGUCAGUCAGAUACAGACAGGAGAUGAAAACUAUGAGGGAGAAUGGGACCAGUUACACAGUUACAGAGUGGACUUCACACAACAACAGGCCAAAACCAGUGGUCCAGUUGUCCAGCAGGGACGGUCUGUUGGACAAAUGAGUGAACCACAGGAGGCUGAGGUGUCAGUGAUGCAACAGCACACCUCUGCAGGGGUCGAUCACACCAAUAAGAACAUGUCUUUGUCUCAAACAAAUGAGGUCCGACAUAAACAAGAAGAAAAAAGAGACGAUACAGAAAAAGUGGACGGAGUGGAAAAAAAUAAUACAUCCAUGAUCAAACAUUUGGAUCUAACAGAAGACUCAGACUUUAAGAACACAAGCCAUAAAAAUCAAGAACUUGCAUAUUCUUCCUUCAGUACAGAUCAACCACAGGCUAAUCUCUGUUUCAGUGAACUAGCAGUAGAAGUACCUGAACCAGGCACAUAUGAGAAGGUCCAACAUGAACUCCAAGAAGAGGAGCAUGAUAAACAACUAAGACAUUCUGAGUUGAUAAAAGACACAAGUUCCACACAAGUUCCAGAGACAGAAGAUGAGGAAAACCUGCAAGCUGUUCCUGUUUCUGGGAUGGAGGAGGUUCCUGUGGUCCCUGAUAACAUUGGAGACUUUUCUGAAGGUCCAGUAACAGAUGAAGGGGAACCUCUGCAGAACCCUAUGGAGGUUUUUGAACUGGAGGAUCUCGGUGGUUCUGUGGCUGAAUCAGCUCAUACAUGUCGUUCCGAUGAUGGUAACGCAGACCAUGAUCCACUGACAUCAUACGAGGAGCCCAUGGAGAUGUACCCUCAGGAUUUUUAUGAAAAAGAAGAAAUGGUUCUGGGUUCAAUUCAAUCAUUAAAUAGAAAAGGCAAAAGUAAUGACCAUGAUUCCUUCAGCACUGGGGCCAAUAAUGUCUUGUGGGUGUGUCCCAUGGACAAAGGCGCCACCUACCAACCAGAGGAUUCCUGGAACGAACUAAGUGAAGAAUUCAGUCAGAAUCUAGGGUUUGAGAACCUAGACAGUGAAGAUUCAGAAAGACCGACAGCAGGAGACAGAACAUCUAGGACAGGUGUGGAGUCCGAACCAGAGCAGGUGUUGAGUAGAAAUGUGGUUCACGUGGUCCAUUCUGAGGAGUCUGAAGAGGAAACCAUGUUAAUGGAGGAGGAAGCGACAAACAAAGACAUGAUAAGGAAGGGAGACGGAACAAAGGAUGUCAUUUGAAAGUCAAAGCCUUCAUUGAUCUGUGACAAACGGAAAUCAAUGAGAGCAGAAGGAUAGAAGAGGAGAGAGA